AUGGGUGUUGAAGUGAAGAAGACAGUAAGGUGUUUGGACCAAGCUGCAUUAAAAGAAUCUGCCACCAGUCAAAAUGAACAAGAAACGAAGGAAAACGUUUUCACUGAUACAGAGGUGGAAAAAAAAAAGGGUAUUUUCAGAUUGAUUCCCAUGCUUCUAGUUUUCAUGGCGUAUUGUGUUGUAGAAGCCACGGGAAGCACCUUCUUCUUUGAACAAAGCACCAACCUAGAUUCUAAAGUCGACGGAUUCAAGGUCCCUCUUUCUACUUUUUAUUUGAUACAGAUUCUUGCAGACUUCACAACCGCAAGUUUUUAUGAGUAUGGAGUCCGGAAGUGGUGGUCUAAACACCAAGUGAAAGUUAUGAAAGUGAGAAUUGUUCUUGGAAUAGGGUGCUCUUUUUUAUGCUGUGGUACUGCUUGGCUGGUAGAGGUUCGCAGGUUGGGUUUGUUAAAGUUGGUUGAUCAAACAAAGGAACUCGAAAAUACAACCAUUAACAUGAGUAUAUGCUGGUUAAUGCCCCAGUUCUUCUUAUUGGGAUUGACGGAAGGACUCACUGAAGAUGGGCUUGAAGAUUUUUUCUGUUAUCUGCUACCUGCAUCCAUGGAGGCCUAUGGACCGUCAUUCAACCAGACAGUAAUAGGAAUUGGAAAAUUAAUUAUCGCUAUUCUUUUAUUCUCAUUUAAAAGUUGCUUCGGUUCCAACAUCAACAACAGUCAUUUGGAUUACUUUUACGGAAUGUUAGCAAUAGCACUGUGCCUUGUGAGUCCUCUAUACAUCACAAGCCUUUACUUUUCGGUUUAUCCCGAUAUUAAAGGAGUAGAGCAGAGUUUAGAAGGUCGGUUGGAAGAUCGAGUCACAUCUGUACUAACUUCUUUGGGAGGGUGA